CGUCGUUAAUAUUUCGUACAUGCAGGAUGGACACAAGAGCAUGUUUGGUGGAGGCACUAGCAGCUACUGCCCUGAACCAUGCAACAGUUUCUUCUAUUACCUUAUUGUGCAAAUUGUGAUCAAGACAGUUACUGCUACUGCCAGAGUCAGUAGCAGCGUCAUUCACUUACGUUCCGUGGAGGACAAAGACAAAGGGGUCGCCUUGGGAGCUCUGACAGCUUUCCUCAGCUGCUUCGGGCUCAUUCCUGGACCCAUCAUCAUGGGAGCCGUGAUAGAUUCUACCUGCUUGCUGUGGGACAUGUCCUGUGGGAAGAGAGGAAACUGCUGGUUGUAUGACUCGGACAAGUUUAGGCUAGCCAUACAUUUGAUCCCUGCGGUAUUCACCUUCAUCUCGGUGUUUGGCGACAUCGUUGUGUUCUACUACAGUCGUCAGCUCGACCUGUACGGCGAGAGGGACAACGAAAUCAAAGAAGAGAAAGAAGCGGCCGAAACACCUGAAUCGAGCCCUCUGAACGUGGUCGAAGAGGAGGCGAUCGAACCCACGGGGACGAGUGAUAUGGUUCUUAGUGGUUGAGCACACGUGCCCUAU